AUAGAAACUUAGCAGUUUCAACAGAAGUGUCAGAGUUCAAAGCCGCUCGAGCAUAAGCGGGACGGCCGUACACUCUCCCAAUAGGUUGAGUCGAUUCAUACGCGCAUAGGGCUCCACUCUGAUUCAAUAGCUCUGCAGUAGAGAGUACGAUUAUAUUUACUGUGUGCUCAUGGGCGAGAGAGGCAUCAAGGCCGCAUCGCUCUGCUAGUACGAAGGGCUCAUGAGGGAAAAGAAGGCACUUAGGAGAGGAUCUGUUGUCGCCCGCCCAGUUGUUUGGACUCUGUUGGACAAGUCAGUUCGACUCUAGCCCAUGACACUAGGCUAACAGCGUUGUAGAGACUUUGAUCUUGUGGGAAUCUUUACCUUACUAUACUGUGCAUGCAGCUCACCAUGGCGAUGUCCCCACCUACUGUCAACCCGAGUACUGUUACCCCUUGGCGCGACCCCACCGACGAUAUUGGGUGUACGACGACACCGACCCCAACAGCGGCGCCCCACCCGGCUCCGGGGCAGCCCGGCCCGACACCCACGGCUGUCACCCCUACCCCUGGUACCACGCCUCUCAGCCAGGCGUCUACUGACAGCACUCCCACCUCUCAGCAGAAUGGCACUUCAAACAACAACUCGGAAACUAACAAUAACAACAAACAGCAUAUCGAAUGUGUGGUUUGUGGAGAUAAAAGCUCCGGGAAGCAUUACGGACAGUUUACAUGCGAGGGAUGUAAAAGUUUCUUCAAGAGAUCUGUAAGACGGAACUUGACAUACACCUGUCGAGGGAACAGAACAUGCCCAAUCGACCAGCAUCACCGGAAUCAGUGCCAAUAUUGCCGCCUGAAGAAGUGUCUAAAGAUGGGGAUGAGGAGGGAAGGUAGGUGGGAUACAGCUGUCCAAAGAGGUCGCGUUCCCCCUACACAACAUCCCUUCCCAGGGCAGAUGGCGUUCCCAAAUGGGGAUCCCUUGAAUGGACAUACUUAUCUUUCCAGUUUUAUAUCUAUGCUACUAAGGGCCGAGCCCUACCCUACGUCUCGCUAUGGACAAUGUAUGCAGCCAAACAAUAUUAUGGGAAUCGAGAAUAUUUGCGAAUUGGCGGCCAGGCUACUGUUUAGCGCAGUCGAGUGGUCAAGAAAUAUCCCUUUUUUCCCGGACCUGCAAGUGACCGACCAAGUGGCACUCUUGAGACUGGGAUGGAGCGAACUUUUCGUCUUGAACGCAGCCCAAUGCUCCAUGCCCCUCCAUGUGGCCCCGCUUUUAGCAGCCGCUGGUCUCCAUGCUAGCCCCAUGGCUGCCGAUCGAGUUGUGGCUUUCAUGGAUCAUAUUCGUAUAUUUCAAGAACAGGUGGAGAAACUGAAAGCCCUUCAUGUCGACUCCGCCGAAUACAGCUGUUUAAAAGCGAUUGUCCUUUUCAGCUCAGAAAGUAGCCGUGGACAAAUUGCUAGAAAAGUUCCAGUCUUGCUAGGGGACAUGGGAGUGACGAGCGAAAUAUAUGCCUGUGGUCUGUCAGAUGCCAAUCACAUUGAAAGUAUUCAAGAGAAAUCCCAAUGCGCUCUAGAGGAGUAUGUACGCAGCCAGUACCCAAACCAGCCUACCCGAUUUGGCAAACUUCUUCUGAGACUUCCAUCCCUUCGCUCGGUCAGUGCUCAGGUCAUUGAACAGCUUUUCUUCGUCAGACUGGUGGGAAAGACCCCGAUCGAGACACUUAUACGUGAUAUGUUGUUGAGCGGAGGCUCAUUCAACUGGCCCUACAUGUCAAUACAGUGAGGAACCAGAAUCCUAGUCUUUCCGAGAAGGGCCCGGUGGAUGUAGACCUAUUGGUCUCCAAUGUUGGCAAUCUUUGACUAGCCAUAGGUCAAACUGUCUGGCGACCCUUGCGGUCAACCACGUACUCGAUUACCAGUUAGUGCUAUUAUCCAUCCCAAUAUAAUGGCUUUUAUAUGAACAGUGCGUUUAUCGACAUUAGCACAUGGUUAUUGAGAGGUUUGUGUAAAUUCUAGCGGUUUUGACUUUGACAAAUUUGGGCUGAAUUUUAGCCUGUACUGAUUAUUGCUCUAUUACCCUAGAGAUCUUCAUAAUGUGCUAUAAAAUACUCGAAAUGACCCUUUAAGAGAUGAUGACUUUAUGCGGUACGCUGUACAUUGGGGUACUAUUGUAUCCUGAUGUACGAGACAAAAGUGCUAUAACUAAUGAAAGAAAAGUGCUGAGCUCCGAAACAAGUGCUGAACAACUGUCACGAGCGGGCUGAAGUGACCCCAGAAGCAGCCUUUUCUCCUGAAAGCCUUUUAGGGCCGAACAUAUGAAGCCAUGAGACACUAUGAACCUAAUGCCAGUCCGGGUGCCAGCCAAAUUGCACUCGCGGCCACAGGAGUUAGGCCGGUACUACACCUUCUCUUCUACAUUCGAAUGAAGACUACGUCAUCAAAAAGUGUGUAUUCGUCAUCAUAAAGUGUGCACCACGUGCACCAUUUCAUCGUUCAACAAGGGCAGCUGUAGUUACUUCGUCAUUGACUUAAUCCACGCCCUUUUUGCUCGGUCAUUGUCUGGUAUUGCCCGAUUUGAAGAAACCAAGUUUCUAUGAGACUUAUCGCUGAGUGUAUUCACGAAGCUAACGACAUGACCGUCGACGCAAAAGGUUCGUUCAACCUUAAAUAGUGUUGUUUUUGUAAAAAAUGACUCUUGUAUUCUACCAUUUUCAAGUAUUCCCAUCAUUUUUGUCAAAUCAAAACUUUCCAUAUGUCACAAAUGAUGUCUAUUGAAUAGAUUUACGCAGGAUGUAGAAAUAUCGACAAAGUGUUCAUUAUCUGUUCUUGUAAAUGUGUUGUCACUAGUUCAUUUUAAUGGUUCUAAACCAUAUCAUUUCAUUUGCAUUAGGAAGAGAGUCCCUUUAAUAGGCAAUGACUAUUUUGAUAGGUUCAAAGCGCUGAUGAAGAUGAACCCCAAUGGGUUGACCAUCAGCAGUUUUUACCAAAUUCCAAAUCAAAAUACUUGUCUGUUAAAUAGAUACUUUUCUUCACUAAUAUAUCAUCCCCAUGUCAUCGUAGUGUCCAAGUUAUUACUCACCGAAUUAUACAGAAGGUAUUUCGUGAAUUGUGUGCUUGUAAAUUACCAAAAACUCAAAAGUUAUUAGCUAAUGCCAAAAGUUCCCAAGCGAAUACUGCCGUGUUAUCUGUAAACAGUACUCAUAGAGUAGAAAACACGGGAGAGAUAGUACAACCUUGCUUGCGACCAUUUCCACAUCUUUAUAGUGUUUGUUGCUUCUUGAAAAAAAGCAGUGUCCGUUCCGUUGCCACGCAAAGGCGUCUUAUAUAAUGAUCGUUUUAUGUAUGACCUACUCUCUUUUUUGUUUGCUCGGCGAAUAUUUUCACUGUUGUCCGCUUCUAUACUUGUGUGUCAAAGACACUAUACAAUGGGCUUUAAUACGAUUAAAACUGAUGUUAAAAUUCAA